AUGACAGUUACCACACCAACAGAGAUCAUCGCUCCUCCACCUCCACCGGCUCCCAUCACCUCGACAGGCACCGGUAUUGCAAACUUGCCCAAUCAAAGACAUAAAAUCGUCGCUAAAAAUGGGGCCAAUUUCACUAUCAUGGUGUGUGGUGAAUCGGGUGUUGGAAAGACUACCUUUGUCAACACUCUUUUUACGUCCACCAUUAAAGAGCCCAAGAAUCAUGCCAAACGUCGAGUGCGACCCCCUAGUAAAACUGUUCAAAUCCAAAUUACCAGAGCUGAACUGGAAGAAAAGAUGUUUAAAGUCAAGCUGACAAUUAUUGACACACCUGGAUUUGGUGAUUAUGUGAAUAAUCGCCAUGGCUGGAUCCCUAUUGUGGAUUUCAUUGAUGAUCAGCAUGAAAAAUAUAUGCGACAGGAGCAGCAGCCGUGCCGUAAGGGAGUGGUCGAUAUGCGCGUGCAUGCUUGUUUGUAUUUCAUUAAACCGACCGGUCAUACUUUAUCCCCUCUUGAUAUUGAGACGAUGAAACGAUUGGGUUCGCGUGUCAAUCUAAUUCCAGUGAUCGCUAAAGCCGAUACUCUCACACCUGCGGACUUGGCGAAAUUCAAACAGAAUAUUCGAGAUGUGAUUGCGGCUCAAAAUAUUCAGGUUUAUUCAUGUCCUAUCGAAAGCGACGAUGAAAAUACCACCAACCGAAACGUGAACAUGAUGGCUGCAUUACCUUUUGCCGUCAUUGGGUCCACGCAGGAUGUCAUGACCAGCGAUGGACGCAAAGUGAAAGGCAGAGAGUAUUCCUGGGGAGUGGCGGAGGUGGAAAAUGAUGAACACUGCGAUUUCCGCAAGCUCAGAAGCUUAUUAAUUCGCACACACAUGCUUGACUUGAUCACCACCACCGAAGAAACUCACUAUGAGAACUAUCGUCAAACUCAAAUGGAAACUCGUAAAUUCGGUGACCCAAGGACUCAACCAAAUGAAAAUGCCAAAUUUAAGGAAGAGGAAGAAGCUCUUCGUCAAAAAUUCACUGAACAAGUCAAAGCUGAAGAAGCACGAUUCCGUGCAUGGGAGCAGCAGCUUCUUGGUGAAAGAGAUCGACUUCAUAGCGAGUUGGAAGCACAAAACGAAAGAAUUAGGGAAAUGCAAAGCGAUUUGGACGCUUAUUACUACAACCAUCGCGACUCUCCAAGAGCCCUUAGAAAGUAA